AUGGGUCAAUCCUAUAUGCGCGUGCCGGAAAAUGGCGAAGGCACAAAUGCCAGUGCUAGCAGACUUUCCGUGUCUGGCAGCGCACACAUGGCAACAACCACGCUGCAGGUCGGCGGCAUGACAUGCGGUGCUUGCACAUCAGCCGUUGAGUCCGGUUUCAAAGGCGUUGACGGCAUCGGAACAGUCUCUGUCAGUCUCGUAAUGGAGCGCGCCGUAGUCACGCAUGACCCACGGAUCAUACUCGCCGAGAAGAUACAGGAGAUCAUCGAGGAUCGUGGUUUUGAUGCAGAGGUUCUCUCGACAGAUAUUCCCAACGCUGGGGCUACUCGGACCAACGACCACUUCAACGAGAGCACUGCCAUCAAUGGCGAAACCACAGCCACUGCGACAACAACUUUCGCCAUCGAGGGAAUGACAUGUGGUGCCUGCACAUCAGCCGUUGAAGGCGGCUUCAAGGGCGUGGACAGUAUCCUCAAGUUUAACAUCAGCCUUUUGGCGGAGCGGGCCGUUAUCACGUACGAUGAGACAAAGAUUUCCCCCGAGGAGAUAGCCGAGAUUAUCGAGGAUCGCGGAUUUGAUGCUACCAUUCUAUCGACACAACGCGACAUGGCUUGUCAGGGAGGAGACACCACAUCUGCCCAAUUCAAAGUCUUCGGGUGCAAAGAUGCAACUACUGCUCAAGCUCUGGAGGAAGGCCUCAUUGCAGUUCAGGGCAUUCGCUCAGCAUCUCUCAGCCUCAGUACGGAUCGUCUUACAGUUGUUUAUCAACCCAUGACGAUAGGGCUCCGUGGUAUCGUCGAGGCUAUAGAAACGCAGGGCUUAAAUGCUCUCGUUGCAAGUGGCGAAGACAACAACGCGCAACUCGAAUCGCUGGCAAAAACGCGCGAAAUUACUGAGUGGAGGAGAGCAUUCAAGAUCUCACUCUCCUUUGCGAUUCCUGUCCUUCUAAUCGGAAUGAUCAUCCCCAUGGCCUUCCCUGCGAUAGACAUUGGGAGUUUCGAACUCAUCCCUGGUCUAUUCUUGGGUGACAUUGUGUGUCUCGUUAUCACAUUACCUGUCCAAUUUGGCAUCGGCAAGAGAUUCUACGUUUCUGGUUACAAAUCCCUCAAGCAUGGAUCACCGACAAUGGAUGUUCUGGUCGUUCUUGGCACAACGUGUGCUUUUCUCUUUAGCGUCUUCUCGAUGCUGGUCUCAGUUCUUCUUGAGCCGCACUCUAAACCCUCCACGAUCUUCGACACGAGUACUAUGCUCAUUACUUUCAUCACACUAUCUCGAUGGCUCGAAAACCGCGCCAAGGGCCAGACUUCGAAGGCAUUGUCCCGCCUUAUGUCCCUAGCUCCGUCAACAGCAACCAUCUAUGCUGAUCCGAUCGCCGUGGAAAAAGCAGCCGAGAACUGGGCAAAGUCUUCUGACGAGCCGUCAACCCCAAAGACGCCUAGUAACCAAACUAGCGGCUCUGCUUGGGAGGAAAAGGUCAUCCCAACAGAGUUACUUGAGGUCGACGACAUCGUGGUCAUCCGACCCGGUGACAAGAUUCCAGCAGAUGGUAUCCUCGUCCGAGGUACCACAUUCGUUGAUGAAAGUAUGGUCACAGGAGAAGCUAUGCCUGUCCACAAGCGUAUCGGUGAUAACAUGAUCGCCGGUACUGUCAAUGGUGACGGACGUGUUGAUCUUCGUGUUACUCGAGCUGGCCAUGCUACCCAACUAAGCCAAAUCGUCAAGUUAGUCCAAGACGCACAAACAGCACGCGCCCCGAUCCAGGAGCUGGCUGAUAAGCUAGCCGGCUACUUUGUUCCCAUGAUUCUCAUCCUCGGUCUGAGUACAUUCCUUGUCUGGAUGGUCUUGUGUCACGUUUUAUCUCACCCUCCCGAGAUUUUCCUUGAAGACAACAGUGGUGGUAAAAUCGUGGUAUGUGUCAAGUUGUGUAUUUCUGUCAUUGUCUUUGCUUGUCCGUGUGCACUUGGACUCGCUACGCCCACCGCUGUCAUGGUCGGUACAGGAGUUGGAGCCGAGAACGGAAUUCUCAUCAAAGGAGGUGCUGCUUUGGAGCGCAUAACCAAAGUCACGCAUAUCAUCCUCGACAAAACUGGCACAAUUACGUACGGUAAAAUGAGUGUGGCUAGCACAGAUCUCGUCUCACAGUGGGCCAGAAGCGAUGCCAGCAAACGACUGUGGUGGUCCAUCGUGGGUCUGGCCGAGAUGGGAAGCGAACAUCCUGUAGGAAAGGCUAUCCUGGGCGCUGCAAAGGGAGAGCUGGGUAUAGGACCCGAGGGAACCAUUGAUGGCAGUGUCGGAGAUUUCAAAGCUGUUGUAGGCAAGGGUGUCAGUGUGACUGUGGAGCCAGCUACCUCGAGUCGCACACGAUACCUGGUUCAAGUUGGAAAUCUCGUCUUUUUGCAAGAUAAUGGUGUUGAUGUCCCCGAGGAUGCCGUCCAGGCCGCAGAGAAGAUCAACUUGUCGGCAGACGUGGGCAAAUCGACGGCCAAGGGCAGCGGCACUGGAACCACCAACAUCUUUGUUGCCAUCGAUGGCGUUUACGCCGGCUAUGUAUGUCUGUCUGAUAAGAUCAAGGAGGACGCUGCUGCGACGAUUUCGGUUCUGCACCGCAUGGGCAUUAAAACCUCGAUAGUGACAGGCGAUCAACGGUCUACCGCACUCGCUGUCGCUUCCGUCGUGGGUAUUGAUGCCGACAAUGUCUACGCUGGCGUUAGUCCCGAUCAAAAGCAAGCCAUCGUGCAAGAGAUCCAACAGUCUGGUGAAGUUGUCGGUAUGGUUGGUGACGGCAUCAAUGACUCCCCAGCCCUUGCGACUGCAGACGUUGGCAUCGCCAUGGCAAGCGGCACGGAUGUAGCGAUGGAAGCAGCAGAUGUCGUUCUUAUGAGACCGACAGAGCUCAUGAUUAUACCUGCCGCUCUGACGCUUACACACACUAUCUUCCGCCGAAUCAAGUUAAACCUCGGAUGGGCUUGUCUAUAUAAUGCUAUUGGUCUCCCGAUCGCAAUGGGCUUUUUUCUUCCGUUGGGGCUUAGUGUUCACCCGAUCAUGGCGAGUCUUGCUAUGGCGUUCAGUAGUGUCACGGUGGUGGUUAGUAGUCUGAUGCUUAACUCAUGGACAAGGCCUGCUUGGAUGACUGAGAUGGCUAUCAACGACGGGAAGACACCCAAGGCGGAGAGGUGGAUGUUUGGAAAGGGCAUCGUUGGCUGGACAAGGGAGAUGAUGGGACGUAGAGGCAAGGUGGAGGAAGUUGGAUAUGUGCCGUUACAGAACAUGGAGGGCUGA